CUCUUUAAUGAUCCUAAUCACCACCACAUACAUUGAGCAUCAUUGAUAUGAUCUCUUGUCAAUAAAUUGGUUGGGCGUUUUCUGAAGCAUCCUUCGGCAAUCCUCAGAUGGGAUGAAUGCCUCUUCCCACCGAACAUCGGUCCUCGUGACGCGCUCAAAGAUCUGCAAGUCUAGAACGCCAGUCGUAGUUUAGAUAUUCACUCCAUUUUCAGUAUGUGUACAGGAUAUAGAUUGAAAUUUUGCAUAUAAAUAUGAAUCUGCUCUUCAUCCAGGUAUCAUCAAUUUCUUCAUUACAUCCUACUUCAUUACACGUUGCUCAAUACUGCCUUAAUUACUGUCCAUUGCACGAUCUUCAAUCAACACAAAGCAUCUAUCAUAACAAAUUUCACCAUGCAUACUAAGAACAUUUUGGCACUCUUUGCCCUCACGGCUUCUGUUAUUUCUGCCCCCGUACCGUCUUCCAAAUUCUCAAGUCUUGGCUCAGCCUUCGGUAACUUGAACUGGAAUGGCGAGGGCAAUUCUGUUGGCAAUGGAAAUAAGGGCAAUGGAAAUGACAACGGUGAUGGAUCAGGAUCGAAUGAUGGAAAUGGAAAUGUUUUUGGGAACGGAAAUGCCAUUGGUAGCGGAAACUCCGGCAUCGACAUCUUGAAGCGCGGCUAUGGCUCAAACAUUCUGGGCAGCGCUUUUGGAAACUUGAAUUCUAAUGGUGGGGGAAAUGCUGCUGGAAAUGACAAUGCUCAUAAUGGCAACGGUAAUGGUGUUGGAUCAGGAUCAUGGGAUGGGAAUGGUAAUACAUUCGGCAACGGGAAUGCUAUUGGGAGUGAUAACUCAGGAAUAAGCAUCUUGAAGCGUGGAUCUGGUUCGAAUGUUUUGGGCAGUGCCUUGAGCAACUUGAAUGGGAAUGGCAAUGGCAACUCUGCCGGAAACGAGAACUGGGGCAAUGGAAACGGAAAGGGAGAUGACAGCGGAAGUUCGGAUGGCAACGGCAACAUUUUCGGAAACAAGAAUGCCAUUGGGUCAGGAAACUCAGGAUUCAGCAUCCUCAACAAGGUAAGGAAAUCAAAAACCCCUACUCUAUCAUCAUAUGUCAAUGGUGUGUGGGUUGCUGCCAUCGAUCCCAUUACCAAUUCUCUAUCAUCGUCUGGAGAUGCCGCGAAUGCUGUUGGCACAGUUAUAGACACUUUGGGUGGUAAUGGUGCUUCUAAUACUGCUGGUUCUUCUAAUUCGGGGAAUGGAAAUGGUAAUGGUAAUGGUAAUGGAUCAGGUUCAAAUAAUGGAAAUGGCAACACAUUCGGCAAUGACAAUCAAAUCUUUUCCAAUAAUGGCGGCGUUAAUGUGCGUCGCCAAUCCGACGCGGCCGAUGUAAUUCCAGAGCAAACAGUCACCGGACUUAACAAAGAUGUCACUGAAGUCUUCAAAAGCUUUCUCCCAACGGGUCUGCCAGGAAUCAUCAAAGGUGCAGCCACCGGUACCGAGUCAGAUUUUGGAAAGGGACAAAAUGAAAAACGCCAAUUGGUGUUGACUGGUCUAGGUGACAUUAUCGCACAGGAUGUUGCUGCCUUCAUUCCCUAGAUGGAAUGUUGGGGGUUGGAUGAGGUGGCAUUUUGCAUAUUGUAUAAUAUGUGUAUUACCUUGUCUUUCAGUGACGAAGUUGUACAAUGUACGAUAUAUGAUAUAUGAGGGUUUGAUAAUUGUUGUGGGAUAAUUCUUGUAUAUAAUUAGUUUUCCAAACGUUUAUAGUUUUCAAAUCUUUUUCAAC